AUCCGAUCGAAACCCUAGCUCCUUCAUAAACCCGACCGCCCCCGCACCUCCUCCCCCAAACAUUUCCCUCCCCUCGAGGUUCCUCUCCCGCCCGCUCGAAAUCUUUCCCGCAGAUCUCGACCCCGAUCCAUCGCCAUGUCUCAGGUAAACAACCGCAAUGCUUCCGCGGGAAAGCGAGCUCGAACUGACGGUGGCCGUCGAGAAGAUGACUGGGUAUGCCCUAGCUGUGGAAAUGUCAAUUUCUCAUUCAGGACAACAUGCAACAUGCACAACUGUUCUCAGUCGAGGCCAGCAGAUCACAACACAAAGUUUGCUCCAAAGGCUCCCCACGUACCGCCAGCUUAUGCAUCAUCAGCUGGUGGGUAUAUGGGUGCUGCUGCUCCGUCUUCGAUGUAUCUUGGUGCUCCUCCUUAUGCUUCAUCACUUCACAAUGGUCCUGCUCUUUCUCCAUAUAAUCUCCGCUUCCCAGGCAAUUCUGCCUACCCUUUCGAUUAUGGAAACCGAUCUGUUGGGAGCCCAUAUGGGCCAUUGCACAUGUCUGGACCUUCUUAUUCAAGUGGAUCUGUGAUGGGAGCAGGUGGUAUGUAUGGUAUGUCUCCUAUGAUGGACAGAUAUGGCCUUGGAUUGCCUAUGAUGACACAUGGCGCUAUGGGUCCGAGGCCUGGAGCGUAUCCAGAGGAGAGCUCACAAAAGAAGGCUGCAGGUGCUGGGCGUGAAGAUGACUGGAAUUGCCCUUCUUGUGGAAACCUCAACUUUGCCUUCCGAACUGUAUGUAACAUGAGGAAGUGCAAUACACCAAGGCCAGGAAGUCAGGGAUCUAAAUUUGACAACUCCAAAGGUUCAAAUAAGCCAAAAAUGCCAGAAGGGAGUUGGAAGUGCCCGAAAUGUAACAACAUAAACUAUCCGUUCAGGACAAAGUGCAAUAGACAGAACUGCGGUGCGGAAAAACCACCUGAGGAGAACAUGGCUGAGCAAUCAGCUGAUGAGGAUAAUCAGUGAGUCUAAAACAGUAAUGUGGGUCGAGAAGGUUCAGAGUCGUCAGCGUCACACAUGAAUGUAUGGAAAGGUCAGUUUUGUCUUGUUGUUUGGCGGUUGUCGAGUUACUCCACCCACUCGUGAUUUCGGUUCAGUCGUACUAGCGGUAACUAGUCUGUCAACUAGUAACCAUUAUCUUGGUAUCUUGUGUCGGUCCUCUUUUAAGAAUUGGUCAUGUGUAGCCUAUCAGAUGUUGUAUGGUUUUCGCAGAUUGGUUUAUUAUAUUUGCUGCUAUUUUUAGGAAUACUGUUUUGCAUGCUAAACUUUUUGGUGUCUGGUUUCUGGUACACAUUCUAGAUCGUCUAAUGAGCUAUGUACUUGUUCCUUACCGUGGGACUUAUGGGACUUGUUGUCAAGAUUAUUUGGUGUUGUACUUGUUAUCAUUUGGUUAGAUUUAUGAUGUUGUGCUUCCAUUAUGUUCA